GAGUCGAGGUGGAGUUGGAUUUAUACUAAUAGAUGAUGAUGAAAGAACUGUGGCACCCAAAUUCAAUUCCUUCCCAGCAGGUGUAGUCUCUAAAAAGGAUGGUACUGAGAUCCUUGCCUACAUUAACUCGACUAGGAAUCCCAUUGCAUCAAUUUUACCAACUGUUUCCAUAACAAAGUACAAACCAGCUCCAGUUGUCGCUUACUUCUCAUCAAGAGGCCCUGCGUACAACACCCCUAACCUCCUCAAACCGGAUAUUACAGCACCAGGGGUUGCCAUUCUUGCUGCUUGGCCUGGAAAUGACACGAGUGAGGCUCUCCCCGGCCAAAAACCACCAAUUUUCAACCUACUCUCAGGCACUUCCAUGUCCUGCCCUCACGUAUCCGGUAUUGCUGCAACUGUCAAAGCAGUUAACCCUGCCUGGAGUCCUUCAGCUGUCAAAUCAGCUAUUAUGACCACAGCUAUUCAGAUAAACAAUUUGAAGGCUCCAAUCACUACAGUCUCAGGAUCCAAAGCAACACCAUAUGACAUAGGUGCAGGAGAAGCAAGCACUUCAGGUCCAUUAAAACCAGGUCUAGUCUACGAGACAGAUGUCGCCGACUACUUGCAGUUCCUAUGUUCUGCUGGCUUUAACAUAUCACAGAUAAAGCUGAUCUCAAGUACAGUUCCUAAGGACUUUUCAUGCCCAAAAAACCCAACCUCUGAAUUGGUUUCUAAUAUGAAUUAUCCAUCAAUAGCUAUUUCUAGUCUCAAAGAAAACGAGCCGAAGAAAGUUACUAGAACAGUUACAAAUACUGGUGAAGAAGCAUCAGUAUAUACUGCAAUCAUUGAGGCACCAAAAGGAUUGGAAGUCCAAGUGAUUCCAAGUAAAUUGGAAUUUAAUUAUAAAAGCAAGAAAUUAAGCUAUGAAGUGUCUUUCAAAGCUUCAUCUCCCUCAAAGGAGGAUCUGUUUGGCUCAAUUACUUGGACAAAUGGUAAGUACAAAGUCCGGAGUCCAUUUGUUGUAAGUAGCAACUAACACAAAUCAAUGGGAACAUUUUCAGACCUAUAAGUAAUCUAGAGAGUUUGUAUGCAAUGUUACAAAUCCAUGAGCACAAUCAUGUUAUCAACCUAUCAUUGUAACGACAAGAGUAAUCAUCAAUAAAAUAUUGUUGUGACAGAAACUAUAUCCAAUUUUGAAUA